AUGAGGCCGCAGGGCGCCCCCACCACCACCAUGAAGCCGCAGGGCGCCCCCACCACCACCAUGAAGCCGCAGGGCGCCCCCCCCACCACCAUGAGGCCGCAGGGCGCCCCAACCACCAUGAGGCCGCAGGGCGCCCCCACCACCACCAUGAGGCCGCAGGGCCCCACCACCAUGGGCCCCACCACCACGCAGAACCCCGCUUCCCACGUCAGCACGGCCUUACCGCUCACCUGCGGCGCCUCCCACGAGCAGGACCCCACCCUCAGGGAUCCAGAGGCCAUAGCUCGGCGGUGGCCAUGGAUGGUCAGCGUGCGGGCCAACGGCACACACGUGUGCGCAGGCACCCUCAUUGCCGCCCAGUGGGUGCUGACCGUGGCCCACUGCCUGAUCCCGUGAGUCGGGGCCUGGGAAGAUGUCACCUACUCUGUGCGGGUGGGGAGCCCCCGCAUUGACCAGAGGGCUCAGACCACGGCCGACGUCGGGGUGCACCAGGUCAUCCUGAACAGCCGGUACCGGGCCCGUCGCUAUUGGUCCUGGGUGGGCCAGGCCAACAACAUUGCCCUCCUGCGGCUCGAGAGAGCACUUAACUACAGCAAGUACGUCUGGCCCAUCUGCCUGCCGGGCUUGGACUACAGGGUGAAGGACUUCUCCCUCUGCACCGUGACGGGCUGGGGCCGCCCCAGGGCGAACGGCACAUGGCCGCAGUUCCGGACCAUCCAGGAGAAGGAGGUCACCGUCCUGAACAGCAAGGAGUGUGAGGAUUUCUACCACCGGUUCGCCAAAAUCCCCUCCCUGGUUCGGAUCAUCAACUCCCAGAUGAUCUGUGUGCAGGACACGGACAGGAAGCACUUCUGCUAUGAGGUCAGUGGGGAGCCGCUGUCCUGUCCUGUGCAGGACACGUGGUUCCUGGUGGGGAUGGUGAGCUGGGGCCCCGGCUGCGGCAAGAGCGAGGCCCCGCCCAUCUACCUGCGCAUCUCCGCCUACCAGCACUGGAUCUGGAAGCGCGUCAACGGGCAGGCCCUGCCAGCCCCAUCCAGGGCCCUGCUCCUGGCACUGUCGCUGCCCCUCAGCCUCCUUGCUGCCUGCUGA